CAACGCCACAUAUCAUGCGUGCAUUCGUAGUGGAAGCGAAAAAGAGAAAGCUAUGGCGACAAUCGUACCACCCGGAUCUAUGGUGACUUUGAUCCCAUCCUUUUCUCCACCCUCGAAGAAAUUCCAUGCUCGGAUUCUUUUCUCGAAUAAGAAUAAUUCUCCAUGCGCUGAAUAACAUGGGCUCGAACGGAGGAGCGUGGCCAAUAUGCAAAAAAUCGGGAAUUUCAGAUAUCCUUUCAGAUUUUUCAAAGUUCACUUAAUUUUAACUAAUUUUGAUUAAAUAUAAUUUUGUUUUGAAUUCGUUUUUAUCUGGCUCGAAAUUCUGGGGUUUAAAGUAUAUCCACCAAAAUAUAAUCAAAAAAUCUAUUGAAAUUACUAUGCAUGAUAGCUCAUUAAUCAGAUGAACCUUGAAUCUGAUCAUCAUCAAUCAAAUAUACUCCCUCUGUUCCUAAAUAUAAGACCUUUUAGAGAUUUCAGUGUCUUAUAUUCAGGAACGGAGGGAGUAGAAAAGCGAGCAGUAGUCUCCUCCGUGUCUACUUUUCUUCGUCCAGUACACUAGUAGCUACUCUCUCUCUCUAUAUAUAUCUCUCUCUCUUUGCGGGAAAGGAACUUUCAUUAAUCAAACCAAGUGGUUACUUUCACGAGUAGCUACUCUAGCAAAGGUAGGUUAAUCACACGAAUGCGAUGAUGAACACGAAUGAUAUGAUGAUGCAUGAUCGAAGGCCAUAUGGGGCCCAUAGAUAUGCGGGCGACAAGUCAUCACUGGUUAAGUGAGUGGGAAAUUGGCUGGGUUCCUCUUCCUCGAGAUACUCCUCGACAAGACCAGAAUAUGCGGCCGUUCAGUCAAUGGGAAAACACUCAACUAAUAAAGCAGACUGAAUUUUGGUUCGUGCGGGUUGGUCAUAUCUGCGUGCCUGCCCUGGAGCUGGAAGCUAAGAUCAUGACGACACACAGCACUCGCCAUGCAAAUGGAAUGAAAUCCGGCAUCUCGUCAACGUACCUGCUUGCAUGAACAGCGAGACGAUGAUGCUCAUCUUGAAACGCAAGCGAGGGAGGCAGAGGACGGCGGGAAAAGAAAGAUGCAAUGCAACUAGCGCAAGUGCGGUUGGAAUCCAUCAGAUCAGGUAUCCUUCCAGGAUCCAUCGCCAUGAUUGAUCUGGGGAAUGGUUGCACCCGACCGACUCGCUCAUAUAUCGCGCGCGUGCAUGCUUGCUUAGAUAUGCGUGCGUGCCAGUGCCAGCGCCAGUGAAACCACAUUAGUCACUAGCUCGCCGGCCGGAGAUGAUGUCGAUGUCGACGAUGGUGGAGCUGGCAUGGCGCUUCGCGGCCGCACACGUCCUGCUGCUGCCCGCGGCCGUUGGCGGCGUCGCCUACCUCCUCCUCCGCGCCCUACGUGCCUCCCAACUCCGGCAGGAAGGCAACAGCCCGCCGCCGGGGGGCAUCGGCGGCUGGUGCCGGGGCGCGGUCGGGGCGGAGACGCUGUCCUUCCUGGCGGACAACAGCAGCGGCAGGGGCUUCUACCACUUCGUCCACGCGCGCGCGCUCCGGCACGGCGCCUGCUUCCGCACCGUGCUCUUCGGCCGCACCCACGUCUUCCUCCUCUCGUCCCGCGCGCGCGCCGCCGCCGCCAGCCUCCUGGCCGCCGACCCGCCCCACCUCGCCAAGCGCUACGUGCGCACCGUCGCCGACCUGCUCGGCGAGCACAGCCUCCUCUGCACCUCCCACGGCGCGCACCGCCGCAUGCGCCGCGCCGUCGCGGGCCUCUUCGCCGCCGCGCCCACGGCCGCCUUCGCCGCCGCCUUCGACCGCCUGAUCACCGCCCGGCUGCUGGCCGACGGCUGCACGGGCCGGGCCGUCGUGCUGGACGCCGCGCUCGACGUCACCUUCAGGGCCAUCUGCGAGAUGCUCAUCGGACCACAGGAGGAUGCACAUAAGCUGGGACAGCUGCAGAGCGACGUCAUGGACGUAACGCAAGCCAUGCUCGCGCUGCCAAUCAGGCUGCCUGGAACAAGGUUCUACAGAGGCCUACAGGCAAGGAAGAGGAUCAUGGAUGCACUGAGGCAAGAAAUAUGCAUGAGGCGAGAAAAUGGCCUGAAACUAGAUCGCCGCGACGACUUUCUGCAGACCCUUCUUCUCAAGAGCCAUAUGGAUUCACCUGAAGAAGCGCUCACGGAUGAACAGAUUCUGGACAACAUUUUGACACUCAUAAUUGCAGGGCAAGUGACAACAGCAACGGCAAUUACAUGGAUGGUCAAGUACCUGGGCGACAACACAGACCUCCAAGAGAAAUUAAGAUCAAUUCAGCUGGAUCUGGCAUCCAAGCACCAUGACGCACCUCUUACCCUACAACAUCUGAACACCAUGGACUACGCAUACAAGACAGUCAAAGAAUCCUUGAGGAUGGCCACCAUAGUUUCUUGGUUUCCAAGGGUGGCACUCAAGGACUGCCAGGUUGCAGGAUUCCACAUUAAGAAGGACUGGAUCAUAAAUGUCGACGCGAGAUCCAUACACUAUGAUCCGGCCAUCUAUGACAAUCCAACGCUGUUUGAUCCUUCCAGGUUCAAUGACGAUAUGAAGCCAUACAGCUUCUUGGUCUUUGGAGCAGGCAGCAGAACAUGCCUGGGGAUGAAUCUUGCCAAGAUUAUGAUGCUAAUAUUCCUUCAUCGCCUCAUCACAAAUUUCAGAUGGGAGAUGGCAGACCACGAUACAAGCCUCGAGAAAUGGGCAAUGUUUCCAAGGCUGAAGAAUGGCUGCCCAAUUCGGCUCACGCCGAUACGCAAGGACAAGAUGCACUGAUGACUGAUGCACAUCUAGUAAAUCUGUCAGGAUAUGCAUCCAAUUAUGAAGCUAUGUGAUUUUCCUUAGUUGUUACAUACUCCAACAGAUGAAACAAAUUCUUGAUUCCUUUUUUUGGAUGAGCCAAGAUCAAGCCUAGCUAGCUGAUAAUUUCAAAUAAAGUCAAAUAAAAGAAAGGGACAAGGAAGUGCUGCUGGUCUUUGUGAUAUUU